UUCCGGCGCUGGGAUUGGAUCGAGUUGGUGUGAAGGGCCCCAAAGGAACCCUUCUCUAGGGGACUCUGUUGGCUCGAGGUGGCCCUCGCGUUUAGACCAAGGAGGAGAAGAUGCUGCUUCGAAACUAGCGACUGCCGCCCCCUCCCCCGGUCCGUCCCGUCUCCUGUGGCUGGUUGUCACGGCAGAGAAACAAAGGAAAGUGCUCAACCUGGAGCGGAGCGCUGAAGUUCCCUCGGUGGGAAAGAAGUCCGGGCUGCUCGCUGGGGACGGGCAAAGGACAGGAGACGCGCGGCGCGCCUUUUCAUCCGAGCAGGAUGUCUUCGAAGGCUCCUCGCAGAGCCCAGGCGGGUUUGUGUGUGUGAUUGUGCCCCCCGCCCCCUUCCAGAGCAGGAAGAUACCCCAGGUCGGCGAAGUUGGAGGAAAGUUCAGAGAGGGCGAGAUCAGCUCGGAGUUGCCAGGGGAUGGGGUCGGAGGAAGCCCAACCUGCGCGCCGGGCCACCUGGACACGUGUCGGCCCUUUCGCACGGGGCCCCCAUGCAGAGCUGGCGGUGUGACCCCCCCACCCCCCGCCGGACUCACCAGCGCCUGGUGCCUGGGGGGACGCCGGGCGGCCAGGAGGGCCGAGGUCUGCAGCGGCAGCAGCGCCGGCAGCAGCAGGGCGGCCAGCAGAGGCGCCGGAGGAGCCAUCCUUUGAUGCGCCGCGCCUUUGUUCUCCUUCGACGGGGUUGCCGUCAGAGAGGCAGCAGCCGGAUCUCCCCCCGCAUCACAUGUGGUGGCGGCGGCGGCGGCGCGGGGGGGUGGGGAGGAGGAGGAGGAGACCCCUCGGGGCUGGAAGCGGCCGCCGCCCCCCGCCCCCCACUCGGCGGGUCUUUAACUGUUGCGGAGCAGUUCUCCCCUGCUGCACCUGCCAAUCAGUCUGCCCACCACCAUGCUACAUCUCCCAGAAGCCCUCGCUGCUUCGCCCUAACCCUGCCCUCGGUUGUGCGACAGAUUCUGGAAGUUGGGGUCUGAAGCGACAAUAACGACGACGGCUGGCUUCUAUUAUGAAGAGAGUCAACAGCAGCAGCCUUAGUGGGGAGGAUCUCCUCUUGGAAGAUCUGGAGACUGAAGGAGAGAGGCAACUCAAGAGCCUUCUGCACCAUCAGCUUGACACAUCUGCCUCCAUUGAGGAGUGUGUGUCCAAGCGCAAGCGCUUUGCGCCCGCAGCUCUGUACAAGCCCUUUGGUGAAGAAGCGGCGGGGACUCAUAGCUUGCCCCAGUUCCAAGCUCUGCAGGAGAGCAACAAGGAGAUUGCCUCUCUCAGGGAGCUUGGCCUCUCAGAGUCCGAGAUCUACCUCUGGAAGAACCGUGCAUCAGCAGGCAAGAGUCCUGGGCUGGGGGCAACCGCUGAAGCAAUGCGGGACAGGGUACAGGCGAUCCAGGAGAAGAUUGCCGAGCGCCAGCACAUCCUCUCUUUGCCACAACGGUUUGCAGGCAGCAAAGAGCUGAGCAGGCGUGAGAUGGAAAUAGAGAAUGCUCUUUUCCAGGGCACAGACCGUCACUCGUUCCUGAGGAUGCUCUAUCACCAAGAUGAGGUUAAGCAGAAAGCCACACAUGAGAAGGACCCAAUGGCUCACCUGGAUACAGUUUAUCAAGAAAUACUCAGCCAAGGGCAGCCUGAAUUGAUCCAGCCUUCCAUAAGUGAUACAAGCUCCUCUUGCUCUGGGAUCCCUAGUACUUCUCUGGUUGGGCAAGACCUAACCCCACAGUCUGCUUCCGGGCCUGUGGAGGUGACAGAGCUGGUAGAGUUUGUCCCCGAAGAGGAGAUCCUAAAGAAUCGUCUCUCAGAGGAAGAAAUCUGCAAGAUCCCCAGGUUUUCCUCCUAUAGUCCUGGUGAGCCAAACAAGGUGUUGUAUCUGAAGAACCUCAGCCCUCGUGUGACAGUGAAGAACCUGGUGUCGUUGUUCGCAAGGUUCCAGGAAAAAGGUGGCCCGCAGAUUCAUUUCCGCAUGCUGAGUGGGCGCAUGAGAGGGCAGGCCUUUCUCACAUUUCCUAGUGUCUCGAUGGCGCAGGCAGCGUUGAAACUGGUGAAUGGGUUCAACCUGCUGGGGAAGCCGCUUGUGAUUGAGUUUGGGAGAAACAAAGCCGACCAGCUUCAUCCUGCCUCGGAGCCUGGACUGAAUCCCAGUAUCUCCAGUUCACUGUAGAGGACAAGUGGUUCAUAAGUGUUGGUUUUCCAGGCAGUGCUUCCUGAAUCUAGAACUGGGAGCAAAAUGGACAAUAGUGUUGAAUCUGGACAGAGAGAACACUCUGGGGGAAGAGAGCAGGAAGACAGCUUCUACCUCAAGAGUAAAAAAAUUACUGGAGUGAGGAAGAGAAAGACUAACGCUUGUGUGGAGCAGAGUGAGAAAAGCUACUGUUUUAUGAAGAACUUCUGUUAGCAAGAAGGAAGACGGUCGUCUCGGAAACCGGGACACGGACUCUUUUUCUUUCAGUCCGAAGCUUUGGAGGCAGCCUUGCACGUAGCUAAAAGUCCUUUUGGCCUCUGCUGUCAAGCCUGAGUAGGAGAUUCUGCCAGAGGCUUCUGCCAAGUCUUUGAGCACGUGCUUGUGGGAACAAGCACACUUACUCAUCCUUGGCUCAGCUGUUCUGUUUGCUUUGAGUAAAAAAAAAACUGAAAGAUUUUAUUUUCAGUGUUUUGAGCAAUAUUUUAAAAAAAUUUUUUUCUUUCUUUUACAAAGUGAGGAGCUAUUGGAUGAGGAGGUCAUUAUGUUGGACAAGGAUCUGUAAGACCCCAGCUUAGAAUCCUCACUCUGCCAUAGAGGUUUGCUGAGUGACCUUGGGCCAAUCGGAUUCUCUCAGCCUAUCCCACCUCACAGGGUUGUUGUGAGGAUAAAAUGGAGGAGAGGAGAAUGAUGUCAGCCACCUUGGGUUCCCAUUGGAAAGAAAGAUGGGAUAUACAUGAGGUCAAUAAAAUAAAGUGAACACAACAAUC